AAAUACCGGUAUCAGGAUGAAGAUACACCUCAAGAGCACAUUUCCCCACAAAUCACCAAUGAGGUGAUAGGUCCAGAGUUGGUUCAUGUCUCAGAGAGGAACCUGUCAGAGAUUGAAAAUGUCCAUGGAUUUGUUUCUCAUUCUCAUAUUUCACCAGUAAAGCCAACAGAAGCUGUUCCUCCCUCCUCUCCCACUGUCCCUGUGGUCCCUGUCCUGCCAGUCCCUGCUGAGAACACUGUCAUCCUACCCACCGUACCACAGGCAAAUCCUCCUCCAGUACUGGUCAACACAGGCAGCUUAGAAACGCCAACUUACGUUAAUGGCACUGACGCAGACUAUGAGUAUGAAGAAAUUACACUUGAAAGGGGAAAUUCAGGGCUUGGUUUCAGCAUUGCAGGAGGUACAGACAACCCACACAUUGGAGAUGACUCAAGUAUUUUCAUCACCAAAAUUAUCACGGGAGGAGCAGCUGCCCAAGGUGGAAGGUUGCGGGUAAAUGACUGUAUACUGAGAGUAAAUGAAGCAGAUGUUCAUGAUGUAACACACAGCAAAGCAGUCGAAGCAUUGAAAGAAGCUGGAUCCAUUGUACGGUUAUAUGUAAAAAGACGGAAACCAGUAUCAGAAAAAGUAAUGGAAAUAAAGCUCACUAAAGGUCCUAAAGAACCAGUAUUUGUUGGUAGGAAGCCGGCAACCUGUGUUGAGCUACAAGCAGCAACACUCUGA